AUGGGUCCUUUUCCUCUCGCAGAUCCAUCAGGCAGUUCUAUUGCUGAAUUGCCCGCUUCCAAUGCUGCAAUUGAGCCUGUGCCUCCUGUCACAGCCAAUCAGCCCACACCUCACCCGAUGGUUACCCGAUCCCGCACUGGCACAUUCCAUCCCAAAAUUCCCACUGAUGGGACAGUUAAGUAUCCCUUUGCUCGUGCUCUUUUGGCAGCUGUCACUGAUCAGGAACCGACUUGUUUUUCUCAAGCUCAGAAACAUGCUGAAUGGCGUGCUGCCAUGACAGAAGAAAUUAACGCUAUUCUGAAGAAUAAUACUUGGACUCUUGUUCCCUCUACCCCAUCUCAAAAUACGGUUGGCUACAAAUGGGUCUUUCGGAUCAAACGUACUUCUGAUGGUCGUCUUGAGCGCUACAAAGCCCGUCUUGUUGCUAAGGGUUUUCAUCAACAACCCAGUAUCGACUACGCUGAAACCUUCAGCCCUGUUGUCAAACCUGCCACCAUCCGCACAGUUCUUACUAUUGCCAUCUCUCGGGGAUGGUCCCUCCGCCAACUAGACAUCAAAAAUGCUUUCCUCUAUGGCCUUCUCAAAGAAGAUGUCUACAUGGCUUAA